AUGGAAAUAGUGGCGUGGUGGAUAGUGUGUGUAUAAUCAGAAAGACCCGAGUUCAAAUCCCACCUCACUACUGACUAGUUAUGACCUUCAACAAGUCAUUUAACCUUAGAGAUUCAAUUCCCACAUGUGUAAACAACAACCAAAAAAGGUGAUACGAACACAUUGUAGCUUGUAUUUCUAUCACAGUUCUCUCCUCACCAAAUGGAUUUCUCCUAAAAGAAUACAAAUCUUGCUGACCCCAUUGCACAAAGGAAGAAAAUCUGGGGUUCAGAAAGGGGAACUUCCUAGCCCAGGGUUUCACAGCUAGGAAGUGGCGGGGCUGGGACUUAAAACUGACGCCCUUUCUUUGGCACUGUGCCAUCUCAUGGUGGGGAGAUCCAAAGUGUGUAAUUUAGAUCGAGGACUUAAAGAAACAAACACUCUGAUACAAUUAUGUACCUUCGUGUAUAAACAACCGUUAUCACUCCUUGUUUGACUAAAUCUGGACUUUUUUUUUUUUAAACUUGAAUUUAAAGGGCUCGAGGUUAUGGUUUUCUAAGUAUCCCUACACUCAGAUUAUUGCCAUGCCCCGGUGGCUUGCCAGGAGAUCCCUGAAAAUCCACUAGCUGAGAUCCCAAAGGACAACCUGGGGACCCCGUCCUCGGCCCAAGGGAGAAGCGCUUUCUGAUCCUGCUCCAUGUUGUUUCUCUUUACACGAUGUGGUUCUUCAGGGGUUAAUGGGCGAGAAAUAACUCGUUCUAAUUCCUCUAUCACUAAGGUUUUCGAUCCAAAGCAAUGAUGAUUUAUUGUUGCCUACUAUGUGCCGGGUGCUCUGUUAGGGGCUGGGGAGCCAAAGACACAAUUAUAAAGGCCCUGCCUUCCAGGAGCUCACGUUCUGCUUGAUUGGGGGGUGGGGAUGACAAAUGGACACGAAUAUCUACGAAUACAUACAAAAAUGGUGGAUGAAUAAAUAAAAGUCGUUGGGGAAGGGCACUAAAAUUGGGCUAAUCGGGAGGGGCUUCUUGUAGGAGGGGCUGAGCCUGGGAAAAGAACGGGAGGGUCUAAGAAGGGACAGUAAAAAAAAAAAAAAAAAAGGCAUUCCAGAUGUGGGGUCCAGCCUGACCAGUUUGAACCCAGUUAAGGAGCCAGUUUGGCCAGAGUGCCUGAAGGGGGAGUAAAAGGGUAGUUAUCCUGGAGAUUGUGGUUGGACUUUAGAUGCUAAUAUAUGUGACCGUGAGUCUCUCUUUUAGAAAGGAAACUGAGGUUCAGAAAGAGGAAGGGAUUCUAGAUGAAUCAAUGGGCAGUCAAAAAAGUCUGCCAGUCCUGCUAUAGAAGUCGUCCUCUUUCUCCUCCUUCUUCUCCUUUCCUUCCUCCUUUUCCUUCUCUUAUUUCUCCUCCUCUUCCUCUUUUUCCCUUUAGCUAGGAAAUGGUGGAAAGAGAAUUUGAUUCCAGGUCGGGGCCAGAGAGAUCAGUUUGUCUUGUGUAUUGGUGUCCUUGCUCCUUACCUCAUUCCCUGCCCUGGGAAGCCAGACAGGGGUCAGUGUAAAUGCUAACGCCACACCUAUACGCCAAAGAGCAUACAUUAACCGCCAACUGAAUGCAACCACACUCGCCAAGGAUCCUUCCCACACCUUUCUCAUCAGACCUCUGCGUCUAACUUGUUUUUAAUUCAGUCCCCGGAGCUGGAAGGGACCCAGAGGCUGGCUAAUCUUCCUUUAGGAGAUGAGAAUGCUCAGGGCCAGGAAGUCUGUGGCUUGGGGCGGCCAGAUGGCACAAUGGAGGCAGGAGGUGUUGAAUUCAAAUUCGGCCUCAGACAGUAGCUUUGGAUAGUAACACUUAGUAGCUGUGAGACCCUGGGCACGUUCCUUAAUCCCAAUUGCCUCGGGGCAGGGGGGGAGAAAGUUUGUACCUUGAUUAAGAUCUACCCGAUAGUGAUCUUAUCUUGCUCCUAUGGCCACAGAUCCUGACCCUUUGGGGCCAGAUCUUAAGGGUGUGAUGGUGGUAUUUGAGGGAAAGGAAGGAUGAGUAAUAAGUGGAGAGGGAGAAACAGCCUUACCAGCACGCAGUUCUCUGUGAUUCAACAAGCACCGGGGAUUAAGGAUAAGGCCAGAAUCUCUGACCUCAGGGAAGGAGCUGUUGUUUUUCAGUCAUGACUCUUCAUGACCCCAUUUGGGGUUUUCUUGGCAGGGACACUAGAGUAGUUUGCCAUUUCCUCUUCCAGUUCCAUUUUUGCAGAUGAGGAACCAAGGAAAACAGACUUGCCCAGGAUCACCCCAGCUAGUAAGUGGCCGAGGCCAGAUUUGAACUCAAGAAGAAUCUUCUUCACUCCGGGGUUGGCGGCCUAUCCCGUGCCCACGUGCAACCUGGUCUAUGUUUAGAGGAGAUUGAAUAAAAGACUCAUGUCCAGCCACAGAUGACCCUCAACCCGACAGGAUAGGAAGCGAGGCUAAGAGGGAAGGAUAGUGUCAAGCUGUGAGCGCUCAGAGAAGGGAGGGGAUCCCCUGUGUGUUGGUGGGAAGAGAACCCACAUCAGAAGCUAGCCCCAAAAAGUAACAAAAAGGAGUUUAAAAAGCAGUGGAGGUGGUGGAAGAAAAGAACCAAAGAAUGAGGAGUCCCAUUGUCUCAACUUACCUUGCUGUCGUCUUCUCAGCCAAGAGAAUGUUUUGGUUUUUUUUUUAAACUGAAGACAAUAAAAAUGGGUAAUGGGGGUCAGUCAGAUGGCACGGUAGAGAGAGCAUCAGCCCUGGAGUCAGGAGGACCUGAGUUCAAACAUGACCUCAGACACUUAACACUUCCUAGCUGUGGGACCCUGGGCAAGUCACUUAACCCCAACUGUCUCAGCAAAAAAAUAUAAUAAACAAAAAUGGGUAAUGGGGAACCGAUAAUCAAGCUAAGUAGGGAGAUAGUAAGAGGGUGCGUGGUUGCUUUGAGGACCCACAUGGACUCUGUUCUAGACCACUAAAAAAUCGGCUAAUGGGUUCACCCCAGGAAAGGAGAACACCACGGGAGACCACGGGAUUAGAGAAGGAACAAGACAAAGAGAACCAUAAUCCAAUGAGCUUAACUUGAAAGCCUGGGAACAUUCCAGAAUGUAUUAUCAGAUAGCCUGUCUCCAAAAGGAAUCCCUGAUCACCAGGGGCCACCAGGGCUCCCUCAAAAACAAGUCGCACCAGCUUAACCUUCUUUUCUUCUUUGAUAGGGUUACUAGACUGGUCAGUCAGGGAAGGCUGCGGGUAUAAUUUAGAUUAUAUCAAAGAAAUUGAACAAAGUCUCCCAGGAUCUGCCUGUGGACUCUGAAAUGGAAAGGUGUGUCUAGACUGAGGUCCCGUCGAGGAGUUUCGGAACUCAUCGAACGACCACGCCCGAGGAGUAGACACGAAAUAUCCUAGGUCCCGCCCCACGAUGCCUAUCCUGAAGAGCCUUCGGAUACCAGACCCGAAGGGGACCCGGGCCAACACCCUGCCCCUGACGCCUUCCAGGAACCCCUUUGAGUCGUCCUCAGGGGCGGAGGAUGAGGAGAAGGGGGACCUGGACGCCUUCCGUGGGGAGUCAGCCCCUACCCUGCCUAAUGGGGCCUCGUGCCACCGCCGGGCCACCCUGGAGAAGCUGGUGGGCCUGUCACCCUUCAGGCUGGGCAGGGGAGGGGGCCGACGGGUGGGCAGCCCUGGAGACGGGGAGUCCCGCUCCUUCUUGGGCCGGGUGCUGGGCCCGGGGGUCCGGCGGAGCUCGGCCGAUUUCGGUCUCUUGGCCAGACUCAACGGGGCCCGACAGGGUGGAACAGGGGAUGCCGAGGCUGCAGGCGAGGCGGCCCGGAGGCUGGCCUUCUUGAGGCUGGGACGAGGGCCCAAGCCCCGCCGGGGGUCCCUGGCAGAAAGGCUGCUGCCCUCAGGGGAGCCGGCCGUGGGGACAGCACCCCCGGCCCCGGCGCCACCCAAGGCGAAGGAGCCGCUGUCUGUCCUAGAGAUCCUGAGCCUGAUCCAGAAGCGAGAAUUGGCGCGAGCAGAUGAACACAUCCUGGAGUUGGAGGCCGAGGAGAAGCUGGAGACUUCGGGGUCCGGCCCUGGCAGCCUAGGGGGAGGCCGGGGCCUCCCCGAGGGCCGCCGGGCCCGAGACGUGACCCUCCUCUAUGAGGCUUUGCAGCGAGAGCUCUGGGCGCUGGUCAGGGAGACGCUGGCAGACCCUGGAGCCACUGGAGGGACCGGAGGGGCGCCCCUGACCCAGCUGGGUCAGGUCCUCGCCCAGGAAGAGGAGGCUGAUGGGCGCCGGGGACCGGGGGCAGCCCGAAGGUUCCGAGCGCACUGGGCGGAAGCUGUGGGCCAGGUGGCUGGGGAGCGGCUGGAGGCGGCUGCCGGGGCGGAGGCCGACGCCAUGGCCGGCAGGCUGGAGGCCCUGAGGUCUAGGCUGCUGGAGGACAUGGGGGCUGUCCGGACCCGCCUGGCACCUGCUUACCCGGCCAGCCUGGGAGCCUUCGGUGUCUACCUGCGGGGUUACCAUGGAGCCCUGUCUGAGUGGCUGAGGAAGGCCACCUACCACUGGCUACCUCUGGCUGACCGCUAUGCUCUCCUGUACUGGCACAACCAAGUCUAUCCGAGGGAGAUCCUGGGCCUGGUGAACAUAGUGGCCCUGGAGAAUGGACAACUGGGCCCCCUGCUUCCCGCUGAAACCAUUCGGAGCCUGGAGGACGAAUGUGUGACUGACGUCAAGGCUCAGACUCGAGCUGCUCUCCUCCAGACCCUGCAGGAAGAGGAAGAGCAAUGGAUCGGGGCUGAUGAGCAGCCCAGCAGCCUGGCUCAAGAUGUUUGUGAGCUGCUGGAAGAGCACACAGAUCAGGCCCCUCGCAUCAGCCAAGAGUUUGGGGAGCGGAUGGCACACUGCUGCCUAGGAGGACUGGCUGAAUUCCUGCAGAGCUUCCAGCAGCGGGUGGAGCGGUUCCAUGAGAACCCGAGUGUCCGAGAGCUGCCUUCUGACAGUUAUAUCAGUCGGACGAUCACCUUGGUGAACUGUGGCCCCCCCCUUCGGGCCCUGGCGGAGCGACUGGCCCGGGUGGGGCCCUCGGAGAGCGAGCCUGCUCGGGAGGCAGCUGCAAGCGCUCUUGACCGGGUCACCCGCCUCUGCCACCGAGUCCUGGCUGACCUGCUCUUUCAAGAACUGCAGCCCCACUUCUCCAAACUGAUGCGCCGGAAGUGGCUGACCAGCUCCGAGGCGCUGGACGGCAUUGUGGGGACCCUGGGAGCUCAGGCCUUGGCCCUCAGAAGAAUGCAUGAUCAGCCCUACCAGGCCCUGGUGGGGGAGCUGCACCGAAGGGCCCUGGUGGAGUACGUCCGACCCUUGCUUCGGGGGCGCCUGCGAUGCCGGUCUGCCCGCUCCAGGAGCCGAGUGGCCGGGAGGCUGAGGGACGAGGCUGCCCAGCUCCAGAGGCUCUUUAGGCGUCUGGAGUCCCAGGCCUCGUGGCUGGAUGCUGUGGUACCACAUCUGGCUGAAGUUCUGCAGCUGGAGGACACGCCCAGCAUCCAGGUGGAGGUCGGGGUCCUGGUUCGCGACUACCCCGAUAUCAGGAGAAAGCACGUGGCCGCCCUCUUAGAUGUUCGGGGUCUCCGGAGUGCAGCUGCCCGGCAUGAAAUACUGGCUGUGGCCAGGGAUCUGGAGCAGAGCGGGGAAGGGGCUCCUGCCCCUCCCAGGGACCGAGCUUUUUUUGCUGACAUCCCCGUCCCUCGGCCGCCUUUCUGUCUGGGCCUCCCCCUCCCACUUGCCCGACUACCCCUGGCCCGACUCACCAGGCCCGAUCUUGCCUGCCUGCCCAGGUCCCGCCCUCGGCCCCCUGCCCGUUCUCGUGCCCAACCCUGAGUGCGCCUGGGGCUCCUAGAACCUGCCCUGUGAUGCUGCUGUCCCAGCCUGGAAGCUUGUGUCUUCUCCCUUUCCCCCAACAUCUGCUGCCGAGAAAGAAGGAUUCUGUCCCUGGGGACAGCAUGGGAUGUCAGAGCCAGGAGAGUCCUCAGCAUGGGAUGUCAUAACUAGCAGGACCCUGGAAACAUGGAAUAUCAGAGCUGGAAGGGCCUUUAGAACAUAGACCAUCAGGACUGGGAGAACCUUUAGGAGACAGACCAUUAGAACUGGGAGAACCAUUAAAACAUAGACCACCAUCAAAACUGGGAGAACCUUUAGAACAUAGAUUACAAGAACUGGAAGAACUUUUAGAACACAUAUCACAAGAACUGGGAGAACCUUUAGAACACAGAUCACAAGAACUGGGAGAACCUUUAGAACAUAGAUUACAAGAACUGGAAGAACCUUUAGAACACAGAUCAAAAGAACUAGGAGAACCUUUAGAACACAGAUCACAAGAACUGGGAGAACCUUUAGAACACAGAUCAAAACAACUGGGAGAACCGUUAGAAGACAGACCAUUAGAACUGGGAGAACCGUUAGAACAUAGAUCACAAGAACUGGGAGAACCGUUAGAAGACAGACCAUUAGAACUGGGAGAACCUUUAGAACAUAGAUCACCAGAACUGGGAGAACUUUUAGAAGACAGACCACCAGAACAGAAGAACCUUUAUAACAUUGAUUUUCAGAAUAAGGAGGAAGCUUAAAACAGAGAAUGUCAGUGCUGGGAAAGAACUUAAAAUAGAGUUAAGGUUGAAAAGAGAGUUAGAACAUGGGUCAACAAUCAGUAAAUAAACAUGUAUUUAGCACCUACUGUGUGCCAGGCUCUACGUUAAAUGCAAAGACUCUCAUGGUGGGAAUUUACAUCAUUUCAUUUCUUUCCCCCAUUUAUAGAUGGCAGAACUAGAGCUCAUGAGUGAGGUCACACAGCAAGCCAGGGACAGAGCUGGGAGCCAGGGUGGGUCCCCCAGAAUAAUGGAGGCUGGCCACGCUCUGCCCAGUCUCCAUCUCUUCCCUCUCAACUUCUUCUUGGGGCGUUUCCUUGUGUAAUAAAGAAUGUAUGAUUAUAAAAUAAAUAUGUUUCUAUUUAACAAGCAACAGAA